CAACACUGACCACGUAUUUGAUUUGAUUACUUGAUAGUCAACGCCAAAUCACGGCCACCUGCAGCCGCCUCUGGAGAAUGCCAAGUGUUUAGACCGUGCAUAGAGUCCGACCCAACCAAAAGGUAAAUCAAACACUACCGAAAAGCUCCAUCUGCCCGCCAAGAAUAUGAAUCUGCCGGAGCGAAGCCGCUUUAUAAUCUAUGCCGUGGGCAUCUUCGUAUGCUACUUCCUGUACGGGAUUGUCCAGGAGAAGUUGACCCGGGGUCGGUACGGCGAAGAGUUGCAGACGGACGGAUCCGUGGGCGAACGCUUCACCUACGCCUUGGCACUGGUUUGGGUGCAGUGCCUCUGUAACUAUGUGUUUGCCAAAGUCCUGCUGACCAUUAAGCCACAGAAGGAGGACACCACCGACGCGGGCUCCUACGUGUCUUGUUCGCUGACGUAUUUGUUGGCCAUGGUAUCCACCAAUAUGGCCAUGCGCUGGGUUCCCUAUCCAACUGCCGUCGUGGGCAAAUCUGCCAAGCCCAUUCCCGUCAUGAUCCUGGGCGUCCUAAUUGGGCGCAAAUCCUACAGCUGGACGCGCUAUGCCUGCGUGCUCACCAUUGUCCUGGGCGUUAUCCUGUUUAUGUACAAGGAGGGCAAGGUGUCCAAUUUGCCGGCUGAGACGACGCUUCUCGGCGAGGUGUUGCUAUUCCUGAGCCUCUCAAUGGACGGACUGACUGGAGCUGUCCAGGAGCGCAUCCGAGCGGCAAGUGCGCCUUCGGGCCAGCAGAUGAUGAGGGCCAUGAACUUCUGGAGCACAUUAAUGCUAGGCGUUGCCAUGGUAUUCACAGGCGAGGCCAAGGAGUUCCUGUACUUCACCAUCCGCCAUCCCGAGUCCUGGACCCAUUUGUCUCUGAUUGCCGUGUGCGGCGUCCUUGGCCAGUUCUUCAUCUUCCUGAUGGUGGCCAACUUUGGACCACUGGCCUGCUCCGUGGUGACCACAACGCGAAAGUUCUUCACCGUUCUGUGCUCAGUGCUGCUGUUUGGAAACGUCCUGAUUGCCCGCCAGUGGCUUGGAGCUGUCCUGGUAUUCGCCGCCCUCUUCGUAGACAUGCUCUAUGGCAAGAAGGCUCCAAUGGCAGCUGCCAAGAAGCCACCCGUCGAGGGCAAACUGUCCGAGGAGAAGAAGAAACUGAUUUCUUAGAAUUUACUAGAUGAUUGCGUAGCCUAAUGUACAUAAACACAUUUAAAGAAGACAAUGAUUUCGCCUCAAGCGGCUGCUACGCCAACGUUUCCCCCUUUCCUGGAACCGCUAAUCGUACAAAGGAUUUAGCUAUAGCGAACACAGCAUUCGAUUUUUGAUCUGCAAACCAUAAACAGUCGAUUUAAGUAACUAAAUUAUUGAUACCCAUUAGAAAAGGAACAAAUAUUGUGCAAAAGUAUACACCGUACCGCAGGGUCUAUGACACAUAGGAUCACUUAAUAAAUGCUACAAUUUAUAAUUAAAACGUGCUUUUUUAUUAAUU